UUUAUAUCAAAAUGUUAAAACAACAAUUUCUGUAUAAAUCAAGUCGUAGUACGAUUCUCGUGUUUAUCUGUAAAAAUAUAAAAUCAAGUCUUCGUGACGCCGCUACGUUGUCUUAGUUACCAACGAGUUGUUUAUAAAAAAGCCGGUUAGUAAUUUUGCAUGUAGUUUUGUACGAAGCAAUUUCUUCAGUAAAACAAGAAUUUAAAAGCUGAAAAUGAGUGUUCAUGAAGAAAGUGAGAGCGGCGAUGAAUUUAUGUGCACUCCGCCUGAGGUUGCUGCAAUGGCGGAAUCAAUUAUGCCUGAGCUUUUGCCUGAAAAAUCGAGAAAUCGGUACGAAAAAGAACGAGAGAGGUUUUUUAAUUGGUGUAAAAUGAAACAAGUCAAGCGGUAUACAGAAACCGUGUUGCUUGCCUAUUUUGUCGAAAAAUCUGGAAAAUUGAAAUCAUCGACACUGUGGUCAAUGUAUUCCAUGUUGAAAAGUAUGUUGAUUUUGCAAGACAACGUCGACAUUUCCAAGUAUGCCAAGUUACAAUCGUUUUUGAAACGUAAAUCUGUUGGUCACAAGCCGAAAAAAUCGCUGACUUUUACGAGACAACAAAUCAGAACGUUUUUAGAGGAAGCACCCGAUGAAACAUUUUUAAUGAUGAAAGUUGCUCUAAUAUUAGGAGUUGCUGGGGCUUGUCGUCGAGAGGAGUUGACGAAAAUGACGGUGAACGAUAUCCAAGGCGAAGAUACGUUUUUACUCGUACUGAGAAAUGCCAACAGAAGGGGAACCGAAGUAGAGGAGAUGGUAGCGGGCUUGGACCUACAAGUCGUCAAUACUAGAACCCGGCCCACGUUUGAAAAAGGAGGACGUACGUCAAUUACAGCCAGCUCAAACAUAGCAAGCCAAAUCGAUAACUGUAAGGUGGAGGACGAAGAGUCCCCCAGCGACCAGUAUUAUAUUACCUGGACGGUAGACGGCGCAACUUCUGAAAUCGAAGGCUCCCAACAACCAACAGAAGACCACAUGGAAAUGGCAGUAAGUUAA